GAGCUGAGCGGACCUUCCCCCAGUCAGAGUGCUGCUGCCGCCGCCGCCGCUCGGGUUCCCUCAUGGCUUUCAACUUCGGGCCAGCCGCCGGCGCUGCAGCCGCCCCAAACCCUGCGGGAUUUGGUGGGCUUGAAACAGCAAACUCUACUGCCAGUGGGUUUAAUUUUGGGGGUUUUGGAUUAACUGCUAAUCCUGCAGUGAAUUUUAAUAUUGGGAAUUUUGGUGUGUCUACUACCUCGGCUCCACCAUUCAAUUUUGGUAACAGUCUGGCCAGUGCAGGGGCCUUUGGAGGAUUUGGGGCGGCAAACACCACAGCUGGAUCUACGUUCAGCUUCUCGGCACCUACCAACACCGGGGCUGGCGGCUUGUUUAGUGCUACCCAGAACAAGGGUUUUGGAUUUGGUACUGGCUUUGGGACAGGUACCGGCCUUGGGACAGGUUUGGGAACUGGUUUGGGAUUUGGAGCCUUCAGCACCCAGCAGCAGCAGCAACCAACACUAGGAAGCCUCUUCAGUCAGCCUGCCCAAGCCCCUGCCCAGUCUAACCAGCUGAUAAACACAGCAAGUGCCCUUUCUGCGCCCACGCUGUUGGGAGAUGAGCGAGAUGCUAUUUUGGCCAAGUGGAACCAGCUGCAGGCAUUUUGGGGCACAGGCAAAGGAUAUUUCAACAACAGCAUUGCGCCAGUGGAGUUCUCACAGGAAAACCCGUUCUGCAGGUUUAAGGCUGUUGGCUAUAGUUGCAUGUCCAACAACAAGGAUGAAGAUGGCUUGGUAGCACUGGUCUUCAACAAGAAGGAAUCAGAGAUUCGAAGCCAGCAGCAGCAGCUUGUGGAAUCUUUGCACAAAAUCUUAGGUUCAAACCAGACUCUCUCAGUCAACGUGGAAGGGGUGAAGACCCUGCCGGAUGAUCAGACUGAAGUAGUCAUCUAUGUUGUUGAGCGAUCUCCAAAUGGGACUUCCAGGCGAGUCCCGUCUACCACUCUGUAUGCACACUUUGAACAAGCAAAUGUCAAAAACCAGCUGCAGCAGCUUGGAGUCACCCUCAUCAUGGCCAGGACAGAGCUUUCUCCAGCGCAGGUCAAGCAGCUGCUCCAGAGUCCUCCCGCAGGAGUUGAUCCAAUCAUUUGGGAACAGGCCAAAGUAGACAAUCCAGAUCCUGAAAAGCUGAUUCCAGUGCCGAUGGUUGGUUUCAAAGAACUGCUGAGGAGGUUGAAAGUCCAAGACCAAAUGACGAAGCAGCAUCAAACCAGAUUAGAUAUAAUAUCAGAAGACAUAAGUGAACUUCAGAAGAACCAGACCACAACAAUGGCCAAAAUAGCUCAGUACAAGAGGAAACUAAUGGAUCUUUCGCACAGAACAUUGCAGGUGUUAAUCAAGCAAGAGAUCCAGAGGAAAAGCGGCUAUGCCAUCCAAGCCGAUGAGGAGCAGCUUCGCGUACAGUUGGAUACGAUCCAGUGUGAACUCAAUGCUCCCACGCAGUUCAAGGGCCGGCUGAAUGAGUUGAUGUCCCAGAUCAGAAUGCAGAACCACUUUGGAGCUGUGAGAUCGGAAGAGAGGUACUACAUCGAUGCAGACCUCUUGCGGGAAAUUAAACAGCAUCUGAAGCAGCAACAAGAAGGGCUCAGCCACCUGAUCAGCAUCGUAAAAGAUGACCUGGAAGAUAUAAAGCUCAUAGAACAUGGAUUAAAUGAGAGCUUACCUAUCAGAGGAGGGGUGUUCAGUUGAUGGACACCCUUCCCUUGCCCAGAGGCUUAUGGAACCUAUAAUUUCCUCUCCAUGACCAAAACUCACUAGGUGGUUUAAUAUAUAUAUAUAUAUCAAUAAAUCUUAGUAUGGGGCGAGAGGGUUCCAAUGGUAUUGGUGUCCUUUCCCCAAUUUCGCCAUCAAGUGGUUUGGUUUCCUAAAGGUGCAGUUGGUUUCAAGAACAGACUUUAGAUGCUUCAGAAGCUGCUUUGUGAUCUAAGCCUGCAUUUUGGCAAUAUCAACUGUGUGGGUUAGGUUUAUGAAGACAUCUUCCGUGUCAACAACUUGAGAGGAAAUACAAUGUUAAUUACUUACAGCAAACACACCCCAAAAUAACAGCUGGUUGUUUAUGUGCCCAUAAGACAUUGUCCGAUCUGUUUAAACAAACUUCUAAAUAAAGCUUUGAACCUUCUACAUUACAGGGGGGAAACUGGGUGUCUGAUGUGCUUCUUUGAGACAGGUGAUGGAAAAGAAGCACUGGAUGAAGGUGUUUAAAAACAAAAAAAACUAUUGGUAUCUAUAGCCUAUAUUUUUAUAUCAUUUAAAUUCAACAGAAUAUGCAAAACCUUCUUUCUAAGAGGUAAUAAAAUCAAAUAUUUACCCUUGUUAUCUUGCUGUAUGCUGUUUGUAAUGGAACACCAGUUUUGCAAAUUUGUGCAGUGGAUGCAAUUUCUUCCUGAGCAGCAUUUGAGGAAUUGCCCUAAACUAAAGAGUUACUCUCUUGGUAGAGUGCUCCUAUCAGCCACAACAGUGUGAUUUUUCUAUUGUUGUUGAUUCCUCAGCAGGGCAUCCCUCCUCUUGCAUUAACAUCAGUGCUACAGAGUUCUCUGUGUUUAAGCUAUAGCUCUCAUUUUGCUUACAUACUUUCUAUGUGCUGAAGAUCAAAACUGAACUACAGCCCCGAGCUGAAAUUAAGUAUACUUUUCCCGUAUGAUCUGACACUGAAACGAAGCCAAGUGUUUGCUUCAUGACUCUGGUCUGGGGGUAGUGCUGUUACAAAGCCCUCCUCAAAAAUAGCAGUGGAUGAGCUGCCUGAGGCAGGGAGAAACAAUUAGCAAAAACUGAAAGUAAUGAUUGCAGCAGGAAAAGCUGUUGCGAUUUACAGUGGUACCUCGGUUUAGGUACUCAAUUGGUUCCGGGGAGCCAUUCUCUCCUUGAAAAGUACUUAAACCGAGCGCCUAUAGAGUGUUUCUGCGCAUGUGUGAACCGCGCAGAUCGCUUCUGCGGAUGCGCGUGCCGCAUAACCCGUAAGU